AUGACGCAAACUUCGCUCAAGAAGAUCUGCCUCGUGGGCGCCAACGGCACCCUGGGCUCCGUCAUUCUCCGAGGGCUGGUUGAGGCAAACUGCUUUGACGUGUCCGUCCUUCAGCGCUCAAACUCGUCGUCUCCCACGACAUUUGGGGACUCCAUCACGCGCAUAGUCGUUGGGCCUGAUCUGGCUGUCGACGAGCUCACAGAAGCUCUCAAAGGCCAGGAUGCCGUCGUCGCUGCGUUUCCGCUCGGCCAGGGCGACCAGCAUCUCCGGCUCGUAGAGGCUGCGUUCCAGGCUGGUGUCAAGCGCUUCAUCCCCGCCGACUUUGGGAGCUGCGACGCAGGCGAUGCCGAGCCUCAGAAGUACCUACCGCUGUAUCGUAGGAAGACGCUGGUGCGCGAAAAGUGCGAGGCUCUGGCUGCUCGAGAGGACACGGCCUUCUCAUGGACGACGCUUGUGUGCGGACACUUUUUCGACCGCGGACUGCGUGACGGACUGCUCCAUUUCAACUUUGACACACGCACGGCUCAGAUCCUGGAUGGAGGCGCCAUCAAGGCUUCGACGUCGACGCUGCGGCGCAUCACGGAGGCAACUGUCCGCAUCCUCCAAAGGCCUGUCGAGACUCGCAAUCGCGCGCUUUACGUCCAGAGCUUCAACCCGACACAGCUUGAGAUUGUAGCUGCUCUGGAAAAGGCCAUGGGCGAGACGUGGCACAUUCAGCAUGUCGAUUCAAAGCCGUACCUGGAGGAUGCUCGGAAGAGGCUGGAUAGCGAUGAUGAAAAGGCCGUUUUGGUCGCCAUAGAAGACAUUGUCUUUGUGCUGGGAGCUCUGGAUGCCGAUUGGACAAAGAGGGAUGGGUUUGCAAUGGAGCUGCUUGGUUUGGAGGAUGAGAAGCUGGAAGACGUUGUUAACGAGGUGGUUGCUGCGUAUAGAGCCGAGACUUCAACAUGA